GCCCCCUGACGGGGCUGCCAGCGCCGCGCCCGGCCACAGCGCGCUCCCGCCGCCAUGUCGGCCCGGCGGCGGCGACGAGCGGCCGCUGAUGAGGAGGAGGAGAAGAAGGAGGUGGAGGAGGAGGAUGGCAGCGACAGAGAAGUGGAUUUGGAUGAAGGACUCGUUGAUUUGGAUCUCAGAAAUGAUUCGGAUACCCCCGAUGUUCCACCACCAACAGACAGCACUCCAGAAAUCCUCAAAAGGGCUUUGUCAGGCUUGUCUGCCAGAUGGAAAAAUUGGUGGAUUCGUGGGAUUCUAACGCUAGCUAUGAUUUCUGUGUUUUUUCUGAUCAUAUACAUGGGAUCUUUCAUGCUGAUGCUUCUGGUCUUGGGCAUCCAAGUGAAAUGUUUCCACGAAAUCAUUACUAUAGGUUACAGAGUGUAUCACUCGUAUGAUUUACCGUGGUUCAGAUCCCUCAGCUGGUAUUUCUUGCUGUGUGUCAAUUACUUUUUUUAUGGGGAGACUGUGGCUGAUUACUUUGGUACGUUUGUUCAGAGAAGAGAACAGCUUCAGUUCUUAAUUCGUUACCACAGGUUCAUCUCUUUUGCACUCUACUUGGCAGGCUUCUGCAUGUUUGUUCUGAGUUUAGUGAAGAAACACUAUCGUCUGCAGUUUUACAUGUUCGCAUGGACUCAUGUCACUUUGCUGAUCACUGUAACUCAAUCUCAUCUAGUCAUCCAAAAUCUCUUUGAAGGCAUGAUCUGGUUUCUGGUGCCAAUUUCGAGUGUUAUCUGCAAUGAUAUUGCUGCUUACAUUUUUGGAUUCUUUUUUGGCAGAACUCCAUUAAUUAAGCUGUCUCCCAAAAAGACCUGGGAAGGGUUCAUUGGAGGCGGCUUCUCCACAGUUCUAUUUGGAUUUGUUUUUUCCUAUUUCUUGGCUCAACAUCAAUACUUUGUCUGCCCAGUGGAAUAUAACAGUGAAACCAACAGAUUUGUGACAGAGUGUGAACCUUCAGAGCUUUUCCAGCUGAAGAAAUACUCUGUGCCACUAUUGCUUCAGGCUGUGUUGGGAUGGGAAACGGUGAAUAUGUACCCAUUCCAGAUGCACAGCAUUGCACUGUCAACAUUUGCCUCACUAAUUGGGCCAUUUGGAGGAUUCUUUGCCAGUGGAUUUAAACGAGCUUUCAAAAUCAAGGAUUUUGCAGACACAAUCCCUGGGCACGGUGGUAUAAUGGAUCGCUUUGAUUGUCAGUACUUGAUGGCUACUUUUGUUCAUGUCUACAUCACCAGUUUCAUAAGGGGCCCAAAUCCCAGCAAAGUACUGAAGCAGCUGUUGGUCCUUCAGCCCGAGCAGCAACUCAAUGUGUACAGAACCCUGAAAUCUCAUCUUGUCGAAAAAGGGAUCCUGCAGCCAUCCCUGCGAGGAUAGUUUGCCAAAACAGAGGAAUGGUGAGAAAAAGACAUGCAGACGUUGUCUGUGGAAAAGCACUGUAAGUGUGCACAAAGGUAAUGGCUGAAGGAAGGCUACAUCAUGAUCUGGACGAGGUGAAUGUUUCUUUCCUUAAAGGAAUGCGAAUGCUGUGACUUUCCAGUAGGAUACAGGAGAAGAGUUAUUCCUAAAAUAAUUAAAAUGCUUACAGAGUAACAGUACUGUGCUAUGUAUUUUAUUCCCCGCAGUGAAUGGUAGCAGGCCUUCUUCAGCACUCAGCCUGACAACGUUUGUGUUUUAAAAAGUCCUUUUUAAGAUGUCCUGGAUUAGAACAGUAAGACUGAACUCCCCAUGAGUUAUACGUCCAGCGAACUUUAGUGAAAUUUCUCAAUUCACUGGUGGCUUUUAAUGAGUUCUCCAUUACUGUAUGUCAUAGCAAUACUUUUUUGGUGUAAAGUGGUUACUGUAGUAAAAAUACAGAAGAGGCAGGCAGUUGCUCGUUUAACCAGCUGGGCGUUCAAGACAGAGUUGGCCAGAAAAUCCACGUUUGCUUGGUCAAAGCAGUGCUGGUGAACUGCUGUCAAACCUCCUAUAUUUACUGAGUCACUGUGAAGGUGAAACUUUGCUGUGUUUUUAACUAAUCAGCUUUCUUAUGAAACUACUUCAUCCUUUCAAGAGGGAGAUAUCUGUACUGGAGCAUACUGAGCUGAUUGGGCUGUGGAGCGGCAGUUUUUUAAAAUUAAUGUUAUGCACUGUAAAGAAGCACAUACGUCUGGGAGCAGUAAUUACCUGAAGGUGGGAUUCUCCAACCCUGUAACCAGAUUGGAAAGAAUUCGGAGUUUAAGAACUUGGUUUCCCCAGGAUGAUCAGUGUCUGAAGACAUUAUUUCAAGCCUUAUUCCUUGUGCCUAUUUACUACUGUGUAGAAGGGAAUUUUUUUCUCCCUUUUAAAAGCACCUUGAGGUCAUGUUUUAUUCGUGUCUUACUGAGUGAAGGCAGAAACUUUUAUCUCAUGAAUGUGCGUGAUGCAAGACGAUGCGUGGCUCUGCUGUUGCGUGGUACUGUUUUACUAAGAGGAUCUUCAAGCAAGCCUGGGCAACAACAUAGGGAUUCAGAUGAAUUUCUGAAGGAAGCAAUUGCAGUGUAGGAUUAAUGGGACACAGGAGAAAAGCUGAUGCUCUGCAUUUCUCAGUCCUGGCUGCUUUUGAACUUCUUAAUGCAAAUUAAAUUAAAAAUUAAAUUAAAAGAAAAACUUUUUGAGAUGAUAAAAAUGGUUCAUUUACAGAUAGAAAGCACAAAUGCCAAUUCUAACUAAAUUCAGUAUAGUUUUUCCAACCAAUAGUGAAUAAGUUUCUCCUGCAGUGAACAUACUGACGCACGUGUGUGUGUAUAUGUACGUGUAUAGAUGUAUGUGUAUAUAUAUAGCAUUAGUAGGUGUAUGUAUGUAUAUACACACACAUGCAUAUAAAAGUUUUAGAAGGGUGCUACCUGAGAACAAAACCAUGGCAAAGACUCUAGGGUGGAUGAUGGGUUAUAUCCAUAACAUUGAGACUGGUUCUUUUGGAUACAGUGCAGCUCUUUUUGCUUUGUUUUGCACUUGGGCCACGACACCUUGUGCGCUGUGAGACUGGAGAAGCAUUGCAGUGUGUGGCUCUGAGAUGGAAAUCUGGCCCUAAAGUAAUCCCUGUUGAUGUCAGGUAGCUGGAAGAAUUAAAUUCUUUGUGAUACUCCCUACAGUUUGAAGGCUGCAGGACUAUGUGGCAUAGCUAGAGGUUGGAAGAUGGCAUGGCCGGAGAAUAUAUGGCUUAGAGAAAGGAGUUUGAGAGAGAAGGAAAGGGAAAUAGGGGUGUGUGCAUCAGGGAAAAUGACCCCAGUAGCAUACCUCAAAAAUGAACAUGUCAAUGAGGCUUUGGUUGUGUACAGGGCUUUUGGGUUUGCUUAUGGAAAAACACAGCUUUCCUGGAGCCAGCGUAUCUUCAUCCUGUGUUUAAAAAUUAAAAAAUAUAUAUACAGAAUACACAUGGAAAGGUAAUUGUUGCUUCUGAAACUUGAACUUUCUGGUGUAGUUUUAUAGCAUGUAUAAUAAGGAAGUUAAGCUUCUUUUAGCACUUAAUGCAACAGAGCAUUUGAAAUCUGUUGUCAUCUGUUUGCACAGUAGAAGUUAUGACACUGCAAUUCUGCUGUUCAAAGUUAAAAUGAAGAAGGGAUCACUUCUGAACUCACUAAUCGCUCUUUCUAGAAAGAAUAAUGGCAUUCUGCUGGCUUAGGCUUUGUAAAUACAGCUUGGCAGGGCCUGUCACUGUCAAGUGACAAUGACGUUUGCUCACUAUGAAAUGCAUUUAUCCCAGUUGUCACUUCAGCUUGUUCAAGCACUACAAUGUGAUCAACGGGACAGGGUAACUUUUGCACCAGUGAUUCUUUUCACUUGCACUUUUGUUAAAAGUUGCUGUAAUUACUUAUUGAGGAAAAAAAAAAAAGUUAUCUGUAAAUACUGUAAAUGUUUUGAACAUAUAUUAUCUGUUAUAGUUCAAUCUUUCAUUGGGGCAGGCAUUGUAAAAAUAAAAAUGGGAUGUAAAUCCUCUUCUGUUUUA